AUGAGUGAGGAGGAUAAGAACAGAGAAAAUAUCUCUAAUCAUCCUUAUUAUGGCACAUUUCAAGGUGUUGCCAAUUAUUAUCCACACCAUAAUCCAUCAAAUGAUCUAUAUGGUGGCAUCCAUACUUAUUAUCAAGGACAAGAACAUCAUGUUCUCCCAGUUCGUGUUGUUGUUGAGGCUAGACCCGUUAGAGAACAUCACCUUCCUUGCUGUGGACUUGGCUUGGGUUGGAUAUUGUUUAUAAUGGGUUUCUUUACUGGUGGUGUUCCUUGGUACAUUGGAGCUUUCAUUCUUGUAUGUGUACGAAUGGAUUAUCGAGAAAAACCUGGAUUAAUUGCGUGUGUAGUUGCUUCUCUCAUUGCUAUGAUAGCUUUUAUACUCGGAGUCACACAUCCACAUUUUGGAAAGCAUAUAUUUCACUACACACUUUGA